GAACAAAGCACUGGCAGCAUUCAGCUGGAAGUCAGUGUGAGUCAACAUGUCACUGCUAAAGCUCUUCAGUUUUCAUCUCAUAUUCACACUGUCUGUGUUCACUCUAGCAGAAAGUGCUGAUGAAUAUUACACAAGACGUUGGUUAAAAUGCAUCUACAGCUCCCCUGAUCUCAGUGACAUGGUGUAUAUUGAUGGCCAUUAUUUUAAUAAAUAUCUAUUCACACAGUUCAACAGCACUCUGGGGAAGUUUGUGGGGUUUAGUGAGUAUGGAAUGAGAGUUGCAGAGUACUGGAACAAUGGCAGCUUUCUGCAGGCAGAGAUAGCUGGUGUUGAUGGAUUCUGCAAAUAUAAUGCUCAAAUCUAUGAUUCGACUGUUCGUGAGAAAGCAGUGAAACCAAAGGUUAAGCUCAGUUCAGUGACGCAGGCUGGUGGCAGACAUCCAGCUGUGUUGAUGUGCAGCGCAUAUGAAUUUUAUCCUCAACACAUCAAAGUGUCCUGGCUGAGAGAUGGUAAACUGAUGACAUCUGAAGUGACCUCAACAAUGGAGAUGGCUAAUGGAGACUGGUACUACCAGAUUCACUCUGAGCUGGAAUACACUCCUAAAUCUGGAGAGAAGAUCUCCUGUUUGGUGGAGCACGCCAGCUUCAAUAAACCCAUGAUUUAUGACUGGGACCCCUCCCUUCCGGAGUCUGAGAGGAAUAAAAUCGCUAUUGGAUCCUCUGGUCUGGUGCUGGGAAUCAUAUUAGCAGCUGCUGGAUUCAUUUACUACAAGAAGAAAUCAUCAGGGAGGAUCCUAGUACCUAAUUAAUGAUGUGAGCUUUACAUGAAGAUCAUUUUUGAGCAUCUUACACUAUGCAAUGUUGGCAGUGAUUGAAAAUGAUGUGUGGAAUAUAAAGAUAAUAAAGCUUAAUGUUCAAGUUUCUCAUGUUCACAAUAAUGUAGCCUAUAUAUAAGCAAAUAUUUGAUAAUGUUGAAAUGGAAACUCUAAGUCUUUAUUGUUACUGGAUUAAUUAUACCUGUACAAACAAAUAAAGCAUCUGAUGAGCAUA